AUGGGUAACUCACAGUCCUCAGCAUCCGACAGGCAAUCUCAAGCUGAGGUCGAGAAGAUCCUCGUCCAGCAACUCCAGAAUCUCCGCACCGGCCGCGGUAUCAGGCAACGAGAAGUCGACGAUGACUAUCUGCAGGUUGAUACCGAAAAGGGCAUUCCUCUCACCUACUCGACCGAUCCCACCCUCUCCGUAAAGACCGCUGAAGCAUGGGAAAAGGAGCUCCUGUCCGACCCCAAGAACCGAUUCGCCCUCAAUGCCCUCCUCUCCAACGACAUUCGCACCAUCGUUGCCAACAAGGUUGCAACCAAGUCUGACACCCAGACCUUUAAUGUCAAGAUACCCUUCGAGGGGUCACCAGUCACAAAUCAGAGGUCUUCAGGAAGAUGCUGGUUGUUCGCGACUACCAAUGUGCUGAGAGUGCCCAUCAUGAAGAAGUACAAUCUCAAGGAGUUUGAGCUCAGCCAGGCAUAUCUCUUCUUCUGGGAUAAGCUGGAGAAAGCCAACUGGUUCCUUGAGCAGAUCAUCGAUACUGCGGACCAAGAUCUGGAUAGCCGGCUGAUCCAAGAACUCCUCGGAGCCCCCGUAAACGACGGCGGACAGUGGGAUAUGGCUGCUAACUUGGUCACUAAAUAUGGUUUGGUCCCUCAAAAGCUCUAUCCCGACUCAUAUAACGCCAUGAAUUCAGGACCUCUUAACUCAAUCCUAACCACCAAGCUACGUGAAGAUGCUUUGGCACUACGAGCCCUUGUGAACAAACCAUCGGUCAAGAAAUCAUCCAUUAUUGCCACAAAAGCCAAAUUUAUCCAAGAGGUUCAUCUGGUUUUGACUCUCCUGCUCGGACCACCACCCAAACCUGAUGAGAAAUUCACCUGGGAAUACUACGAUGCCAAUGAGAAAUAUUACAGUGUUUCCAAGACGCCGCUCGAACUUGCCAAGGACAUCUCUAGCCCUAGCGUCGUUCGUUCCCUCAACGCCAACGUCAGCGAGCUUUUCAGUCUCGUCAACGAUCCACGAAAUAAAUAUAACCAGCUCUUGACGGUCAAUCGCCUUGGCAACGUCGUGGGAGGACGUCCAAUCACGUAUGUUAAUGUUGACAUGGCCACGAUCAAGAAAGCCACGAUUGCCAUGCUUCGCGCAGGCCUUCCAGUCUUCUUCGGUAGCGAUGUUGGUAAAUUCUCCAACUCACAGUCCGGAAUCAUGGAUACAGCGCUUUACGACUACGGCCUGGCGUUCAACAUCAGCCUGAAUCUGAGUAAAUCUCAACGGUUGAAGGCACGUGAGUCAGCCAUGACGCACGCAAUGGUCCUAACGGCCGUGCAAGUCGAGGAGGGCAAAUCUGUCCGUUGGCGAGUCCAGAACUCCUGGGGCGAGAGUGCCGGAGAGAAAGGGUUCUUUGUCAUGACGGAUAAAUGGAUGGAUGAAUUCGUCUAUCAAGUUGUCGUGGACCCGGGCUUUGUCAGCAAGGAGAUCAAGGAUAUUCUCAAGUCUGAGCCUUUGGAGUUACCGCUCUGGGAUCCUAUGGGUGCGUUGGCUUAG